UCAUUCAUUUCUAGCUAGUUAGUAUCUCAUCUCCUUUUUGCUGAGGCUGAGGGAGAGGCAGAGGCUGCCUCACGCAUCCCUGUCGAUCUCGGUCAAGAAUGGGGUUGCUGAUGAGGCCCGUCGCCUUGCUCAUCUACUGCACCACCGCCUCCCUCUUCUUCCUCACCUCCUCCUCCUCCGCCGCCAUCGCCGGUGGCACGCCGGACGGCUCGGAGGAGUGGGGCUAUGUCCAAGUACGCCCGAAGGCGCACAUGUUCUGGUGGUUGUACCGGAGCCCGCAGCGCGUGAACAACAAGGGCAGCACGCCAUGGCCGACCGUGCUCUGGCUCCAGGGAGGCCCGGGCGCUUCGGGCGUGGGUUAUGGCAACUUCAUGGAGAUCGGGCCGCUGGACACCAACCUUAAACCCCGCCCAUCCACCUGGCUCUCCAAGGCCGACCUCCUCUUCGUCGACAACCCAGUGGGCACCGGGUUCAGCUACGUGGAGGGCGGCGACAGGACAUUGCUGGCGCGCACGGACGCCGAGGCAGCCACCGACCUCACCACUCUGCUCUCCCAACUCUACCGCAGCAACAACACGCGGCUGCAGGGGAGCCCACUUUACAUCGUCGCAGAGUCCUACGGCGGCAAGUUCGCCGUCACCACCGCCUUGGCCGCGCUCAAGGCCAUCCACGCCGGCCGCCUCGCCGCCAGCCUCGCCGGAGUUGCGCUUGGUAAUAGCUGGAUUUCACCCGAGGACUCGGUGCUUUCGUGGGGGCCAUUGCUGUACCAAGUGUCCCGCCUUGACGAGAACGGCCUCUACCUCUCCGACAGCCUGGCGCAGCAGAUCAAGGCGCAGGUGAAGGCAGCACAGUUCCUGGAGGCCGAGAACACAUGGCAAAGUCUGGAGUCCAUCAUUCUCGAGCAAGCCAACUUCAUCGACUUCUACAAUUUCCUCAAGGAUGACUCGUCGUCGGAUGCUAAUUUGGAGCAGCAGCAGCGGCAGAGGCUACUGGCGUCGCUGGGGCAGUCGAGGAGGCGCUACUCCAGCUACCUGAGCUCCAAGGUCACAACGGAAGGCGGCUUCGAGGGCAUCAUGAACACCGUCAUCAGGGAUAAGCUCCGGAUCAUACCCAAAAACGUCACCUGGAGCGAGCAGUCAGACGAUGUGUUCGAAGCUCUUGCAGGAGACUUCAUGAAACCCAGAAUCCUUGAGGUCGACGAGCUUCUCAACCUUGGCCUCAACGUCACAAUCUAUAGCGGACAGCUUGAUCUGAUCUGUGCGACCAAGGGAACAUUGGAUUGGAUUCAGAAACUCAAGUGGGAUGGUCUGAAGAACUUCACAAACUCACGCAGAGUGCCGCUCUACUGCAGUGGUGGUGAAGCAGCUGGCACCCAAGCCUUCCUCAAAUCUUACAAGAAUCUCAAAUUCUACUGGAUACUGGGAGCUGGCCACAUGGUACCAAUAGACAACCCUUGCCCUGCAUUGAAGAUGCUUGGUGACAUUACACAAUCUCCUGCUCAGUAGAAAAGAGGAGGAUGACACUACAUGCUGACACCAACUGAAGAUUCUUUUUCUCCUUAAUUUCUACUUUCACCUUUUUACACAGAAAAGAAAAAGGAUAUCAUAGCAUUGAUGAGAUAAGAAAAGAUAGCAGAGUGAUAUAAAUAGAGAGAGAGAGAUCUGUUUCACUUUAUAUUAUAGUACUGGUGCAGCUGGUUUUUCGGUGACAGGGUACAAUAUAAAAUCAAAUUUAUUGCAUGCAGCUUGCAUAGUGCAGCAGUUUCCUGAGUCA